AUGGAACUUACAAGUGAGCCCCCAGGUUUAUCUGCCGUCGUCACUGACCGUCCCUUCUUAGACCCUCCCUUGAUCAUCGAUGGCGUCCCCCAAUCGUUCCUUGAGCUUGGCGACCCCGUUUUUGAUGUUUAUACCAAGCUUGAUUCACCCAUUUCCCUGACCGACUUCCUUGAAUCGGACACCUUUGUCUCCUCCAAGUCUGACAAAGUCGACCGAACCCGCCUCACCGACAACUACCCCAACGCUUAUUCCGACACCUACGGCUUGCGCAGCGGCCGAGGCUUCAUCUUCAAAACUGGCCCAGCCUGGCCUAAAGGCCAAGUACCCUAUGGCCGCCCCUUGCCGCAUGAGUUGCGCCCCGUCAACGCUCACCCAAUCACGCCUGUGUGGGACGACAUCCUCACACGCAUAGAGACAUGCCUUCAAGAGGAUAAGCUGCCAUUUACUGCCGUCAUGCCACUGGCAUUUGCCACAGUAGGAGACGGAGAGCCCUUUUGCCCCUUGGUCGUGGUGAUCGGUGUUGAGCCCACAAAGGUGGCGUUUAAGGAUGCAAAGACUGUUGCCGAGUCCGUCAGACUGAUCCUCGUCGAGGUUGGCUUCGACGAUGUCGACGUCGCUAUCUGGGAAUUUGAGACAUUCCUCUCCGGUCUCAAUCUCCCAGCUCUCGACCCCGUGCUUCACGGCAAUCUCACUAAGUUUCAUCACCCAUUCGUGUCUACCCUCGGCAUCCCCGUGGCGCCCCUCAAGCAGCCCAAAUGUGAGGGCACGCUCGGCCUGUUCCUUACGCGCGGUGAUGGCACUGAACUCCUGGCCUUAACCGCCGCCCAUGUUGCGUGUCCCCCCUCAACAUUUUCAGAUAACAAGGGCGUGUCAUUGAAGGCAGCCAAAAGGUGCUGGGAGGAAAUAAUCGUGCUUGGGGAUGACGCCUACGCCCGUGCAAUUACGGACAUCCAAUGCGAGGUCAGAAACUUCAAGAAUAGCAUUCCAGCAGGACAGAUGAGCAUCCCUUCGCUGCAGACUCGUCUAGACAACGGCGAGGCCGAUGCGGAUGGGAGAAUCCGCACUGCUAUCAGAACUGCCCAGAGGCAAGAGACAAUUUGCAAGCAGUCCAUCAGGAAACUCCAUAAGCUAUACAGCUGGGUCACGCUGAAGAUGCCCAUCCCCAGUAAUCACUGCAUCGGACGGGUGGUGUUCGCUGACCCCAUUGGGACCUCCUCCAACGGACCUGAUGCAUUCACUUUGGACUGGGCUCUCAUUGCAAUCAGGAAGGACACAUUCGGUGCUAAUUUCAUUGGUAACACCAUGUUUGUUGGUAUGCGCACAGAGGACAAACUUGAGGAGCAAACAUUCCUGGACCUGAUGUUUCCCCACCCCAACGACCAUCAGGGCUAUGAAUACCCAGAGUGGGGCCUCCUCCACAUCAGCGGCGUUGUUCCCAUGGAUGAGAUUCGCUACCCUAAGCAGCUCAAUGAGAUGGGCGAACCCGCAAUGGCCGUCAUCAAGAACGGGAGGUCUACAGACACCACCGUUGGUUAUGUGAGCAGCUUGAAGUCCCUUGUGCGCUACUCUUGCAAGGAUACCGAUCUUCAGUUCACAUCCCGCGACCUCACCGUCGUCCCCUAUGGCGGUGAUCCUUUGGGCAGUGCCGGCUUUUCUGGUGAGGGUGACUCGGGUUCUGUCAUUGUUGAGCGGAGUGGCCGUGUUGUCGGCUUGCUAACUGCUGGUGGGGGCCGCAGCGGCGCCACCGACUCUACUGAUGUUUCCUUUGCUACCGCAUACUGUGAGCUCGAGAAGCGCAUCAAGGGGGUCUUCCCCGGCAUCCGCCUCCUCGACUAG